AUUCAAUUUAAAUCCACAACAAUUAUUCUAAGCAUUAUAACACAAGCUACACUAAAAUUAAAAGUGGGGAAACUGGCCUUAGGUGUGACGCCUUCCUGUGUAGAAAUGGAGAGGGCUCCACCCCAAUGCCAUCAACCCCACCCCAUGAAAACAGCCAGCUACAGGUAGGUGGGAGCUGAAGAACUCACACAGGUGAAAUGUUGCUCGACAGGUCUGAUGGGAAACAAUGCUUACGUACAGUAGCCAGCAGAGAUACUGAAAGACUGACAUCUCUCUCUCUCUCUCUCUCUCUCUCUCUCUCUCAGUCUAGUGUAUAUGGGACGCUGUCACUCUGGAGUUGUCUGCACACUGGAGGGCUGUGUUUCUACUGACCUCUGCAUAUUGGAAUACUGAGCCUCUUUUUCCCUCCCUUUCUGUCUCCAGUCUUAUCCGGGGGAUGGAAUUCUGGCAGAGCUGUUGAAGGGAGCUUUUUUCAUUCUUCCCCUUUCACACAAACACACACACACUAGUUUCUCCUCCUUUGGUGUGUAGCCUGCGGUGGUGAGGGCAGACAUUGACAGUGUUUGUGUGGACGUGUCGCGUGGACAGUGCAAAGGAGACAUGCUGCAAAAUGGCACGGCUGGUGCCAUCAGCACCACAACCACCACUGAGAUACCAGACCUCAAUGAGAGGAGAAUCAGGCAUCUCAGAUUAACCCUCCGGCCUGAGGACAGUCCUAAAACUCAGAAUGAAUCUGUCAGCUCCGGCGAGAAACUGGCUAAUGGUCCCUGGAAAAAGAAAAAUGGGCUCAUGCAGAGAGAAAGGCCCCCUGGGAGAGAAUCACCUCAACAAGCAGACAAGCACCCCAUGACCAAUGGCAUCGGUCGGGAACAGCCUGCUCAGCACGGGUCCAGAGUUUAUGGCAUGGUGCAGAGCACACACACCAGCCACCAACAGGAAGUGAUGGCACGCGAGUUGUCUGUCAGUCACCUGAGGGAUGAGAUGAGGUACAUCAGAGAGGUACGUGACUCUUUGGAAAAAGUCAGAGAGCGGAUGUAUGGCCAGUUUGGAGGGAUGCAACAAUCAGUGCAAACAUUAACUCAGGAAUUAAAGGCAGCCAACUCUCAUAAGCGUUACCUUGAGUCAGAGGUGAGGACGAGAAGGGUAGCUAUGGAGAGCUUCGACCACAUGAACAGCUCCCUCUUAUCUGCAAACAUUGAUCUACAGAAAUCAUUGCUGGAAAGCUGUCAAAAUCGUGUGGGCAACAGCGAUGAGACGAAAGCUCUUGAAAGAUCGUUGGAGAAGACAGAGGAAAAACUCAAGGAAACAGAAAGACAACUAGCAGCAGCACAGGCUGAAAACCGGUCUCUCAAAAAUCAGGUGGAGACUUCUCAGGAGGCCAAGACUCAAGCUUUGAAAGAGCUGAGUGCUCAGCUACAGAGGGAAUAUGAGGAACAGUUGCAAGAACAGCAGAGGAAGUACAGAGAGGAGAUAGAGGCUCUGCAGGCACAGCUUGAUGACUACAUGAGGAGGCUUGAGGAGGCGGAGAGGAAUGCUCAGAUAGCUGAGGCAAAGAUCGCUGAUAGAGAUCAAAGAAUUGCAGAGGUUGAGAGGCUACUAAACUGUAUGGCUCAGGAGAAAGGUGACCUGAUAAAAAAGCUUUGUGAAUGUGAACAACGCUUACAUGGUUUGGACCAAACUGACCAUGCAGACAAAGCUGUGGCCAAACAGUCGGAGCAGCUGAAAGCAGAAGCAGCAGAACUGAGAGAGCGAAUAAAGCAUCUCAACGACAUGGUGUUCUCUCAACAGAGGAAGGUCAAGGCCAUGAUAGAGGAGGUUGAAACACUGAGAGCGAAAGUUGCACAGAAGGAUAUGUUCAUCGCUGAGUUGCUGGACAGGAUUGCCAUUGUGGAAUGUGAGAAUAAUGAGUUAGGAGACAAGUUGAAGUAUUUUAUGUCUAUACAGAGAGCAUCUCAGACUAAAGCAGCCACCCGGGACAUUGGAGUUGGCUGUGACCUCCCCAUUAGAUCUGAGGAGCAGCCGUAUGUCGCUCCUGUCCAACCCAGCCCCAUCUCAUCGGCCCCAAGAUCCUCUAGCAGACUGAACUAUAGUCUUCUUAAAUACUCUCCUGGCCAGUACAGCACAAUGCUGCGCUCCAGUGUACUACAUACACAAGAAACUGCAACCAGUCCCACACAAACGGCACCUCCAGCUUCAAGUUAUGUUCAGACCAGCCAUGAAGACGGGGACUCCGAAUCUCCAACAGGCUCAGAACUGUCCUCUACCAGCAGUCCUAGAGCGAGAACCAGCCCGUCACAGAUCUGCACUCCUUUUAUGAAGCUGAUGGAGAUGAGCUCGAAACUGAACAUUGACUGAAUGAAGUUUCAGCUUAUGGGACAUGAAGUAUUGUUGUUGUUUUUUACUGUUUAUGUAGCAUAACAGUACAGUAUAUGUAAAUAACAUACUGAUCUGUGAAUAACUUAUUUUGAUAGUAUAUACUGAUGUACUCUAUUUUGCUUUGUUUACCAAAAAACUAGUGAUUUUAUGUGAUAGCUUUCUAUAUUUUACAAUUAUCUAUUUAUAUUUACAUUUUUUCUGAGACCAUAUUUAGAUUAUUUUCUAAAGGGUAUUACACCAAAUAUUAUUUUGUAAUAUAAAAAACUCAAUAAUAGGCUCUAUGUUUGAGAAAAGGAAUGAUGGUAGCUGUCAAUUGUGAUCAAAGCUCAAUACUUUUUUUUUUUUUGCUUCAAUGUGUAUUAAUGUGUUUAAAUGGUUCUUUUUUAUUGUACUAAGAGAAUUGUUGACAUUAGUAUAGUCUCACUCUCUGUUGCACUUUUCUCCCUGGAGUUACUGAUGCAAAGACUCAACCUGAUUUUGACAACUCGAAACAUUCAGAAUUCCAGUAAAA